AAAAAAAAAAAAAAAAAGUUGAAACCGAGAUCGCACGAGAAUUUCAGUUUGCCGAAGAGAAUUGCUGGUAGGUUGUGGUUUCGUGUUUCACUUGUGCAUUUUCAUAUAAAGGAAAUAAAAAAAAGCCAAAAUCCCCUACCUUUUUCGGCGGGCAAGGGGCACUAAGAGAUCAUGUCGGAAGCUGUCGAUGGUGACAGUGCGGAGACGGUGCCUGACAGUUGUGGUCAUUCUUCGAUAAUUUACCCGACCACUCCGUCUUCUGGAUUAGUUGGGCUUGGCGGCGCCGCUGGCGAUUCCAGUGAUGAAGAUCUUGAAAGUUCUUCUUCCUUCCUUGAUGAACAUCAGGAUCUAGAAAGGCAAGGAUCUGGGUUGGAGUCCAAGAAGCUGAUCAAUGAUGACGAAAUCUCAAAUCUUAACCGAAGACAAUGUGAACCUAUUGACUUGGAUAGCCAUAUUAAAAACUCUACAAAUAAGUUAAAUUCAUUAAAGACGGAACUUGCCACUAAAAUGAAGGAAAAUUUGUCAGUUAGAUGGCAACUUGAUGAUGCACCUGUUCAGACCGAAUUGAUCCAGUAUGAAAGAAGAUUUUCAGAACUUUAUGCCCAAAUUCAGGAAAAGCAUCAUCUUACUCGUAGACACUAUGCCACCUACAAUGCCCUACUGGAAAUAAAAGAACUAAUGCUAAAAGAAGCGUCCCUGCUGAACUCAAUUAAUUUACAGUUUAAAGAUGCCAUGACUACUCCCAGCGGUCGAUAUAAAUUUCUGGACUCGAUGGAGGUGAUUGUGAAGGGAGCCAAACAUAAGUUAGAGAAAGCAGAGCGGGGUCUCCUUGCUGAGCAGAAAGCGUGCGAAUCUCUUAAGGAGAAACAUACUAGUGCAGUAGCAGAGCAACGACAUUUCUCCUCUCUCCUGCAUACUUUCCAGGAUGCUUGCGCAGAAUACGAGAGGCUUCUACAGCUUUCUUCCACGUAACUCUCUUUUUGUCCGUCUUCUUUUUCUUUUUUUAAACCUCCACUUAGUUGGUUUCUUUUGAAUCCUUUCACUCCAGAAAUAAUCUUUGUUACUCUUGCGUACAAUUUUUUCUUUUAUUAUUAUUUUUAAAUUCUUAAGCGGAGAUUUAGGUUUUGUUUGGGACAAUUUUUGUAAUGCUUUAUAAAAUAGUUUUUAAGUACAAAAUUUUUUUGAGCUACAAAUUUUUGUACUAGAAAGUUAUUUUAGAAAGCAGUAAGAAAAUUGUCUCAAACGAAGCUUUUAUGUCAAACAGUGCAAUCAAAGAUGUAAAUUUCAAAGUCAUUAUUUCUUUGGAAAGAAUAAUCAUGUAAAAACAUUCUGACAUUAUUUGUAUCAGGAUGAAUUUAAGAAUUUUUGUAUUUUUGUUGAGAUUAA